AUGGUUACAGUAGCAGUAAUAGGAGAGAUAACUACGAUGAAGGGAACAGGUACAUUCUGAUUCUGUGCUUGAUAGACCAAUAGUACUAUAGUAAUAAUAUAUAGUAAUAAUACUAAUUAGUUAGUAUUAUUUCUUAUUUUUUGCAGUCGCCGCUCCCGCAGUCCCGGUUCAGGAGGGGGCGGGGGGAGCAAUAAUUUAUUAAUUUAUUCAAGAAUUAUCCUUUAUUGUUCAUGUAAAUUGAACUGCGGAAAUACACAUUUUAAAUGUAGAUAUGAUCAUCGCAUCUGCCAUUCACGGGUUAAGAUGAGCUCAACAAAAUGGGCUGCCCCCAAUAUAAGGGUGUUGAUAGCUAACUUGAUAAAUCACUGACGCGCUAAUGCAGAGACCAUGGUUUCGAAUCCAGCUGAAGACCCAAAAUUUUUUAUCGGGUUAAUUCGGCAAUUAUAUCUUCGUUUCAAAAAAUUUGGUGGAUGUUUGUCAAAAUAGAUUACUCCUCCCUUACCCUUUUAUUUGUUAAAUUGGCAUAAGAGAAUGAGUUUGGGAUCGUUAAAGUGAUUUAUUUGUAGUAUUUGUACAUUUGAAAACGGUUAGUAUUUCAGUAACACUGUUAAAAAUGUCUCCUGUGAAAAUACUAAGGCCUUCAAAUAGUCCAAUAAGGUUGACGAAGGCGCAAUAUAGUUUGGACUUCUUGAUACCGGAACACCUUUCAGAUCAUUCUUGGAAAGCUAACUAUUAUAUUGUAGGACUUCUGCGUAAGAGGCUGAUCUAUGCAAUGAUUGUUUUUUAAGGCGUCGACGAUCAAGGUCACGUUCCCCCGCACCGUUGUGGUGAACAAAGUCGUGAUAGUCAACGUGAGAGCGACCGCCCAAGAUCACGUUCGCGAUCACCCUUGCCACCCCCCUCACGGGCGACAAACUGGUCGAAAGAAGUGGAGGAUCACGGCCACGUUCCCCCAGGCGCCCAAAUGGCAGCAGCCGUAAUCAACAAAGCCGUCAUAGUCAACGUGAGAGCGACCGCCCACGAUCACCUUCGCGAUCACCCUUGCCACCACCCCUCACGGUCGACAGAGGGGGUCCGAAGAAGAGGAGGAUCACGGUCACGUCCCCCCAGGCGCCGAAAUGGCAGCAGCUGUGGUGAACAAAGCCGUCAUAGUCAACGUGAGAGCGACCGCCCACGAUCACCUUCGCGAUCACCCUUGCCACCCCCCUCACGGUCGACAGAGGGGGUCCGAAGAAGAGGAGGAUCACGGUCACGUCCCCCCAUACGCCGAAAUGGCAGCAGCCUUGGUCAACAAAGCCGUCAUAGUCAACGUGAGAGCGACCGCCCACGAUCAUCUUCGCGAUCACCCUUGCCACCCCCCUCACGGUCGACUGAGGGAACAAGAGGGGGAUCACGGUCAAGCUCGUCUUUCCUCCACAGAUACCAUCUUCCCCUCAGUCACGUUCUGCAUCGUUUGCCAUCCCUGCUGCUGA